GCCCAGGCAUGGGCCCGAGAGCGCAUCCGCUUCCGGCACGUGUCGUCUUGGCUGGUACCCCGCAGGUGUGUGGUUCCCGUCGCGCGCCCGCCUCUCUCGGCCAUGGGGGUCCCCAAGAGGAAGGUCCUCAAAAGGAAGGCCCCGGACGACCACGACGGCGCGGCCUUCCCCGGGGGCGCAGCCAAGCGGGCCAGCGGUGACGAGCUCACCGGCGUGCAGUUCAAGACUCAGCUGAGAGACUCGCAGGACGCGGGCCCAGCCUUGGAAGCGUUUGUCUCUGCUGCCAAGAAGCUACCCCAAGAAGGGGUGUAUGAUGUCGUGGAAGGAUACAUAAAGAUUUCCGUUGAGUGUGCAGAAAUUUUCCAGCUCCUGAGUGGCGAGAAGCGACCUGAAAGUGAGAUACUAUUAAUAUUUCAAGCUUUCGAGGCCAUAUUGUUGCGGACGGCAAGCGAUCUUUCCCAUUUUCACGCUGUGGGAACCAACAUCGUGAAAAAGCUCCUGAAUAACCACAUGAAGCUCAUCUGCGAGUCCCUGUAUGCCUCAGGCUACAGGUUGGCUCGAGCCUGCCUGAACCUGAUGGCGGCCCUGGUGGCCCAGGGAGCCGAAGCUACCAGGGAUGUCUGCAGCCACUUUGAUCUGAAUAAAAAGCCCUUGUACGCCCUGGUGACCAAGCGGGAUUCAAAGGGCGUGCCCGACGUCCGGCUGGCCUACAUCCGGUUUGCCCUUUCCUUCUUGAUUGCCGGUGACGACAGCACCAUCGUGCAAGUGCUCGAGUUGAAAGAGUUCAUACCUUGCAUCUUUAGCUCAGGCGUAAAGGAAGACAGGAUUUCUACCGUCAGUCUCUUGUUAUCCACUCUGAAAACAAAGGUAGUUCACAAUAAAAAUAUCACAAAAACACAGAAGGUGCGCUUCUUCACCGGGCAGUUACUGAACCAGAUAGCGUCGCUGUACGCCUGGAGGGGGAUCACGGACGUGGACACGGACGAUGUCAAGGCAUCUGCUGAAGAAGCUGGGAAGACCGUGGUGAGGGAGAUGGUUCAUGAUUUCCUGACGGAUCUUUGCUGUUCACUCAAGCAUGGAAUUAAUUUUUAUGACCCCUCUUUUGGUACCUUCGGAAGAGGCGGAAACCUGACCCUCCUACACUUCCUGUUGGGUCUGAAGACGGCCGCAGAGGACGAGCUGGUGGCAGAACUUGUGGUGAACAUCCUUAAAGUAUGCCCUGACCUGCUGAACAAGUAUUUCAAGGAAGUGACGUUUUCCUUCCUCCCAAGGGUGAAGUCGGCUUGGUUAAAUAACAUUAAACUCCUGAACAAGAUCUACGAGGCCCAACCGGAGAUUUCCCGGGCGUUUCAGACCAGAGAGUUUAUCCCCUUGCCUCGGCUCCUCCCGAUGGUGAUGGUGACCACCGUGCCCCUGGUCUGCAAUAAGAUCAUGUUCACCCAGGCAUUAAAUUUGGACAGCAAAUCGGUGAAACACACAGCUUUAUCCCUUAUUUCCGUCAUUUUGAAGAGAGCAUUAAAGAAUAUCGACCACUGCCUGAAUAAAGAGGUGUGGCAAGACUCAGGGGUGUACACACCUGAGAUGAUGGAGGAAUUUGUGCGGCUCUUCAGAGAGGCCCUGAGCAAGAUUUUACCAGACCUGAACACUGUUGUGUGGGUCUGGCAGUCGCUUAGAAAACAAGAGACCAAGCAGGAUGAUGAGAAAGGAAAGAAGAGGGAUGACAUGACUCCAGCUGCCAGCGUGGUUCCCCAGAGCGAUGAUGCUGAAACCCUCCUUUUGAAAGCCGUUCUGCUCCAGGUCAUCUGCCUGUACCAGAAGGUGGUCCCUCAUGUGGUCAUGCAAUACAACUUUGACUUCAGCAAGCUCCUGAAAGGCGUCAUCUUGGACCAGGGCUCUCGUGAUGAGGUCCCUCCUGUCCUGCAGUACCACAUUCUGAAGGUGGCCCUGGAGCUGCCCGCCAGCAAGUUCCUGUGGCUGAAGGCACAGGAAGGCCCAGAUGCAGAAAUCGUUGGAGGGGAAAGAUCCGUGUUUUACUUGUUGAUGAAAAUGUUUGUGACCAGUAGCCAUUCACACCUCAAGUCAUCCACCAAACUGCUGAUCAUGAAGAUUCUGCGCGACACUGGGGUGUUUGAGCACACCUGGAAGGAGCUGGAGCUGUGGCUGGAGCACCUGGAUAGCACUGUGGAGGAGAAGAAGGAAACUGUGAUUCAGUUCUUGGAAAGUGUUUUACUGACAUUGGUGGCGAACCCAUAUUCAUACACAGACAAAGCAUCUGAUUUUGUCCAAGAAGCCAGCACCCUGCAAGCCACCAUGACGAAGCAAGAUGCUGAUGAUGUUAGCAUCCCUGUCUCCCACAUUGAUGAUGUCCUGGACAUGGUGGACGUCCUGGUGGAGGGCAGUGAAGGCUUGGAUGAGGAAAUCGGGUUCUCGUUGAAUGAAGACAUGAUCCUGCUCACGUUUCCAUUCAGUGCUGUGAUCCCCGCAGCCCUGGAAGCCCGGAAUAAGCUGCUCCUGGGGACAGAAAAGGAAGCAGGAGCAAGUGUCGUGGCAUACUUGACAACGGUGCUGACGGACCUCCUCCACACCCAGAGAGACCCCCUGGCUCUGUGUCUUCUGCUCCAGGCUUACGACAAGUUAGAGCUCCCAGGCUCACCCUGGUGCAAACAGCUCUGCCGGUUUCACAGAUACUACAGCCUGUGGAUCCCGGAGCAAGCCCGCGAGGCCUUGCCUCUUCAGACCUCGGGCAGCAUCGCGCCCCCUGCUCCUUCUCUGGACUCCUCUUUCUCUGCCCUGCUGAAGUCAGCCUAUGAGAGCAAGGACGUGCUCCUGGACGAGGGUGUUCAGGCCCAGCUGCAGGCGGCCAUCCCGCACCUCCCACUGCACCAGGUCCUGCGCGCGGUGAAACACGUGCUGCUCUACCUUAGGACCACGGUGGAGAACUUCAGCCAGCUGGGCAGGAGUGUGGGGCCACCCCUCGUGCAGCUCUUCACGGACCUCCUCCGGAGCCUGCUUGUCCACUGUGAGCAGCUGGACGCCCAGAACCAGCAGAGGUGUGAGGCUGCCCGGGCUGAAGCCGACCUCUUCUUGGACAUGGAGUCCUUGGCCUCCCUGGAGCUGACCAGUGACAAGACGCUGGACGGGGUUCUCACGGCCAUCCUCAGGCAUCCCACGCUGGAGGGCUGGUUCCUGGCCCUGGAGCAGCAGGCCCUCCCCCCACACACCCUCAGCCCCAUCCUUGUGAAGCUCCUGGCAGCCCGUCUGAGUGCAGGGGUCCUUCAGCUGCUGGUCACGAGUGCCCCGAUCCUCCGGAACACUGGUCAGCAGGGCCUGCUCUGUAGGUACUCAGAGGCCAUCACGCAGAGCGUCCUGAAAGAGCUGCAAGCCAGGAGGGCGGGCCCGGCCACAUCACUUCCCAAGGCCCUUCCACAGCUGGAGGCCUUGCAGGCACUGUAUCCAUACAUGGGGGGUGCCCAGCUCCGUGAGAUCACCCUGGCCCUCCUGGCCCUGCCUGAGGCCUGCCUGCUGACCCAGCGGGCCACGAAGUCCCCCGCGCAGGGGAGACACUUGAACGUGCUGGGGAAGACCCUAGUCCAGCUGCUGACCAGCAUCCCCCAGGACCAGCCACCCAGCGGUGAGCUCCUUUGGGCCUCCGAGUACAUGAGGGGCCUGGGGGUGUUGCUGCCCGCACUGGCCAUGGAGGAGCUGGACACGGUGUUCCUCCAUGCUCUGCAGAGAGACCCUGAGCUGGCCCCCGUGGUCGGGGUCAGCCUCCUGGACUACUGCCUGGCCCAGCAGACACCGGUGGCCCUGCACAUCGCCACCCUGCUCCUUCAGCAAAGCUGUACGCACCUGCUGCGGUUUGAGCUCUGGUGCCUGCGGGCUGGCUCCAGGCGGGUCAUACAGGAGGACCUGGAUACCUUCCUGCCCCUCAUCCACGCGUACCUCCAGUGCCGAUCUUGCGGACACUUCACACGCCCAGCAGGAGUGUCCUCUGCUGUCACGCCUGUCUUGAGGAAGGCCCUGUGGAGGCAGCUGCAGAGCAGCGUUCUCAGUGCUGAUGACCCCCCAGAGUCUGGGAUGCAUCAGGAGGUCCUGUCCCAGCUGGUCCCGUUCGCAAGAGCCAAGGAUCUGGGAGUCCUCAUGGACCAUUUGCCCACCUUGCUUCAAACUCCAAGCAAUCACAAAAGUUGGAUCGUGGCUGACUCUGUCUCAGGAGUCUUGGAAAGGUCAACAGAAGAGCUGCAUGCCUGGAAAAAGAUUCUCCUGGAAUCUUGUAUUAAAUGCCUGAUUGAGUCUUUCAGCAGUAGGCAGCAAGAUGGGUACGGCACUCAGGAUCAAGAGAAGCAAAUGCUGCUGAGGUUAAAUGAGCUGUUGCUUUCACUUAAUGAAGUUGAUCCUGGUGAUUGGCAGAAAUUUGUGAAGACUGGGCUCAAAUCCCGAUAUCAGGACCACGUGUUUUUAAAGGCCCUCCAUGCUGCCAUACAGCUUUUAUAUUUGCCAGAAAGCCCGCUGUUCAUGAAGCUUCUCCCCCUCCCCACGGUCCACGUGAUGCUCACCCAGCAUUCUCUGUUCUUGUCAAGUAUGCUGAAGUCCCAGGGAGAAGAAAACCCAGACAGCCAAGUAAAAGAAGCACUCGUGGACCUGAUGUUGACAGUGGUGAAGUUGUGCCCCUCUGUCUGUGAAAGCAGCCACUUUGCAGUGUUACUCGGGGCCUAUGGUGCCACACUCAGCGUCCUGGACCAGAAGAUUUUACUUCUCCUCCGGGCAUAUGAGAAGAACAGUGUCAGCCUCAUCAGCUUCAGGGUGCUGCUGUGGGGCCCGGCAGCCGUGGAGCAUCACAAGACGAGCCGGAGCCUGGGCAAGUCGCUGUGGCAGCAGCCGAGCGUCGGGGACAUCCUCCGCCUGCUGGAUCGGGACCGGAUGUUAAAGACCAUCCUCCAUUUCCCCCAGAACCGGAAGCUGCUGCCCCCUGAGGACGCACAGGAAUUUAUAUUUAAGGACAGGAGCAUAGUGGAUCUCAAGGACCUUUAUGACCCGUGCUUUCUACUUCAUCUCUUCAGUGAAUUGACCAGGCCAGAAUUUGUGGUUGAUUGUCGAAAAUUUUUGGAUUCCAAUUCUCUGGGCCUGACAGUCGCGGCCCUCAGCAGCUAUGACCCCAAGAUGCGGGCUGCGGCCUACUACGUGCUGGCGGCCUACUAUUCGCAGCUGGAAGGGGCACGGUUCCGGGAGCAGGCUCAGCUCCUUUACCUGUUGGACGUGGUCCGGAAUGGGAUCCGGUCUCAGAACAUGAGACUCACUUUCUCCUUGUCGCUCUUCAUUGCCAAAGCAGCCCUGCAGAUCCUGAAGCCAGAGGAGCACAUGUACCUGAGGAUCAGCAAAGUCCUGCUGUCACAUCAGGACCUGAAUAUGAACAAAGUUCCUGGCUUCUACCAGCUCUUCUACAGCUCUGACUUUGAGCAAAAGACCGAGCAAGAGUGGGUCCUUGGCCUCCUGCGGCAGGGGAUCCGAGACAAGAACUGCUACGCGCUGUACGCCAGACAGGGGGUUUUCCACAUCAUCCUGUCCUUCUUCAACAGCCCACUGUGUGACGAAGCGGCCCAGACUUUGAUUCUGGAAAUUCUACGGAACGCCGCCCAGGUUGCCAAAUCUGCCUAUGAAAUCAUACGCGACUAUAGCCUCUUAACAUGGCUUGUCCACACCCUCGAGAGCAGGUUUCUGGAGACACGGCUGCUCUCCAGCGUCAUCUCCUUGGUGCACACGCUGUGGAUGACCAACCUGGGUGACAGGGUGGUGGAGCCUGAGAGCCAGCCACCUUGCAAGCCGGGGUCCCAGGAGUCCCCAAAGCUGCUGGCCCUGCACCUAAUUGAUGAGUUCCUUUACGUUCUCAUCGCGCUCGUGAAGCACCUGAGGCCCACCUUGGACCCUGCCCAGGUGACCAGCUUCUUCUCAGCGCUCGACUCUGUGCUGAGGUACCGGGCCACUGUCAUGCGGGCCUUCAAGGAGAUGAACCGGUUCACCGUCAAUGAGAGGAUGCUCGCCACCAAGGAUGUCCUCAUUCUCCUGCACAAAUGGAGCCUCAUAGGAAGAGACACCAAGCUCCAGGAAGACCUGAAAACAGUCGCUGAGAAGCACCAAGUCAGGGAGCUCACGAAAAUGAUCAAGGAGAAGAACAAGCCCAUUGGGCUGGCCCGCUCCAAAGGCCCCCGGGGACGGAAGAGGAGGCCUGGGGAGGCAGAAGAGACAGCUGCCCCCGAGCUGAAGGCGGCCAGCCUGGACACCUGCAGGGAACUUCUGAGGUCCGUACUGACUCACUGGGAGCCUGUGUUCCCUGGCCCCGAACCCUCUCAGGAGCCAGAGGACGGGGCCACCCCUGAGAGCAGCGCUCUGCAUGCCACUGCCUCCUUGGUGGCCAACUGGGUGCUGCGGACUGUGGCCAAACACCCGCCCAGUGGGUCCAGGGCCGCCAGACUCCUCGGCUGGCUCAAGAGCUACAUUUUGCCGCAGCCAGUGGUCGUGGCUGACCUUCUCAGGGACGGCUCGGUGAGGAGUGGCCUAUUUAAGCUAUACAGCCGGCUCUGCGGGGCCGAGGGGCUGGUGGGGCCUGCACAGGGGCUGGCCUGUCUGUUCAACACCGUCAUGAUGCAGCUGGUGGCCACCCAGGGCCCCAUGGGGAGCCCCUUCCACCUGGCCAUCGAGGCCCUCUGCCUCACCUCUCUGACAGAUGAAGAUGAAGCCACGAGAGCUGCCGCUGCAUUCCUGGUGUCUCUGUACAUCAAGGACCUCUGGCUGGGAACUCCGCGGCCAGACACCCUCUUGGACCACGUCCGAAUGCUCCAUAAUGCCGCAGAGGAAGCACCAAGCUGUGGUGACGGAAGCCAGGCCCCAGAGGGUGCUGUCCUCCUGCUCUGCAAAGACAUCACCGCCUCCGCCACAGACGCCUGACGCCCACCUGGCUGGUGCCAUGAGCACCAGGUUCUAGAAGUUUGGCUGAGUCGAGGAUUUGCUUGGAGGCACAUUUGAGGACAGCCACAACGCCGUGACAGGAAUUGCUGAAAGGAAUUUGUUUGGCCAAUAAGUAGUAAACUCAGGGGAGUGUGUGUGGAGUGGUCAGUUAGCGUGAAGCUUUGGAGGCCACGGGUCAGCACAGGACCCUCCCCCUGGGCUGUCCUCAAAGACGUUACCUCAGGUUGAGGUACAACUUCUGAGCGCUUAAAGGAUUCAUGGAUAUUAAGACUAAAAUGUCAAAUAUCAGCUCAAAGAGCAUGAAGACAGGUGUCUAAACAAAGUCUUUCUGGAAGACGUCAUAGCAUAAAGUUUUGAGUAACUUUUCAAAUAAGUUCCUGUCAAUGUUUAUUAUUUUGCUAAAUAAAAGGAUUUUACACUAAAUCCUCAAAAGUGUAAAGUUGAUUUGAACUCUGCCUGCAUUUUGUAAAAUUGUGUUUCAAAGAAGGGCAUUGCGAAUUUUAUAACUUCUUGUUAAUAAAUGUCUAUUUUUGAAAGGUUUUUCUGUUUUUCUCUAAUCGAUGUCAGCAGGCUACUUUUAACCCACCAAAACCCACUGCUGUCGAGUCGAUUCCAACUCAUAGCAACCCUAUAGGACAGAGUAGAACUGCCCCUUAGAGUUUCCAAGGAGUGCCUGGCAGAUUUGAACUGCCGACCUCUUGGUUAGCAGCUGUAGCACUUAGCCACUAUGCCACCAGGUUUUAACCCACAGAGG